AUGUUAGAUAAGAAAGCAGACAAAACAGAGCUUCAAACAUUAAAGACAGAAAUACUUCAAACAUUAUAUCCUAUAGGUUCUAUUUAUACGUCAAUGAAUUCAACAAAUCCAGAAACAGUUUUAGGUUUUGGUAUGUGGGAGCAGAUUGUAGAUAAAUUCUUAUACUGUGCGAACUCUUCAAAGCAAACAGGAGGUUCGAAGAAAAUUACUGAAGCAAACCUUCCACCGCACACUCAUACAGGAACGACAAACUUUUCUGGCGACCAUAGCCACUCAUUACGAGACCAUCCAUUAUACAACUCAGAAUAUAAAGCUGGCAAUGACGUUUUAUCUCCAGAUUAUAACCAUUCAGCAAAAAAGACUUUUCGACAAACUGAACCAGGAGGAAAUCAUGUCCAUACUUUCACAACAAAUCCAACAGGAAGUGGAGCAGACUAUAUGCCACC